AUGGGCAGACUGGGCUACUGGACCUUGCUGGUACUGCCAGCCCUUCUGGUCUGGCGCGGUCCGGCGCAAGAUGCGGCGGCGGAGAAGGGUCCCCCAGCGCUGAACAUUGCGGUGCUGCUGGGUCACAGCCACGACGUGACAGAGCGCGAACUUCGAAAUCUGUGGGGCCCGGAGCAGGCAACCGGCUUGCCCCUGGACGUGAACGUGGUGGCGUUGCUGAUGAACCGCACUGACCCCAAGAGCCUCAUCACGCAUGUGUGCGACCUUAUGUCUGGGGCGCGCAUCCAUGGCCUCGUGUUUGGAGACGACACCGACCAGGAGGCUGUGGCUCAGAUGCUGGAUUUUAUCUCUUCACAGACUUUCAUCCCCAUCUUGGGCAUUCACGGGGGUGCAUCUAUGAUCAUGGCUGACAAGGAUCCGACGUCCACGUUCUUCCAGUUUGGAGCAUCCAUCCAGCAGCAAGCCACGGUUAUGCUGAAGAUCAUGCAGGAUUAUGACUGGCAUGUCUUCUCCCUGGUGACCACCAUCUUCCCUGGCUACAGGGACUUCAUCAGCUUCAUCAAGACAACAGUGGACAACAGCUUCGUGGGUUGGGAUAUGCAGAACGUGAUCACACUGGACACCUCCUUCGAGGAUGCCAAGACGCAGGUCCAGUUAAAGAAGAUUCAUUCUUCUGUUAUUUUACUCUACUGUUCCAAAGAUGAGGCUGUCCUCAUCCUGAGUGAGGCUCGCUCCCUCGGCCUCACUGGGUAUGACUUCUUCUGGAUUGUCCCCAGUUUGGUCUCUGGGAACACAGAACUCAUCCCCAAAGAGUUCCCAUCAGGACUCAUUUCAGUCUCCUACGAUGACUGGGACUACAGCCUGGAGGCGAGAGUGAGGGAUGGUCUUGGGAUCCUAACCACUGCCGCAUCUUCCAUGUUGGAGAAAUUCUCCUAUAUCCCUGAGGCCAAGACCAGCUGCUAUGGGCAGGCAGAGAAGCCGGAGACCCCUCAUCACACUCUGCACCAAUUUAUGGUCAAUGUGACAUGGGAUGGCAAAGACUUGUCCUUCACUGAAGAAGGCUAUCAGGUGCACCCCAGGCUUGUGGUGAUUGUGCUGAACAAGGACCGAGAGUGGGAAAAGGUGGGCAAAUGGGAGAACCAGACCCUGAGCCUGAGACACGCUGUAUGGCCGAGGUACAAGUCCUUUUCUGACUGUGAGCCAGACGACAAUCACCUGAGCAUUGUCACCCUGGAGGAAGCUCCCUUCGUCAUUGUGGAAGACAUUGACCCGCUGACGGAGACCUGUGUGAGGAACACGGUGCCGUGUCGGAAGUUUGUCAAGAUCAACAACUCAACCAACGAAGGGAUGAAUGUGAAGAAGUGUUGCAAGGGGUUCUGCAUCGACAUCCUGAAGAAGCUGUCCAGGACUGUGAAGUUCACCUAUGACCUCUACCUGGUGACCAAUGGGAAGCACGGGAAAAAGGUUAACAAUGUGUGGAAUGGAAUGAUAGGUGAAGUGGUCUACCAACGAGCAGUCAUGGCCGUGGGCUCACUCACCAUCAACGAGGAACGUUCUGAAGUGGUGGACUUCUCGGUACCCUUCGUGGAGACAGGAAUCAGUGUCAUGGUCUCCAGGAGCAAUGGCACUGUCUCCCCUUCUGCUUUCCUUGAACCCUUCAGCGCCUCUGUCUGGGUGAUGAUGUUUGUGAUGCUGCUCAUUGUAUCUGCCAUUGCUGUCUUUGUUUUUGAAUACUUCAGUCCUGUUGGAUACAAUAGAAACUUAGCCAAAGGGAAAGCUCCCCACGGGCCUUCUUUUACUAUUGGAAAAGCUAUAUGGCUCCUCUGGGGCCUGGUCUUCAACAACUCUGUACCAGUCCAGAAUCCUAAAGGCACAACCAGCAAGAUCAUGGUGUCGGUGUGGGCCUUCUUUGCUGUCAUUUUUCUGGCCAGUUACACAGCCAACUUGGCUGCCUUCAUGAUCCAGGAGGAGUUUGUGGACCAAGUGACAGGCCUCAGUGACAAGAAGUUUCAGAGACCUCAUGACUAUUCCCCGCCUUUCCGAUUUGGGACAGUACCCAAUGGGAGUACAGAGAGGAAUAUCCGUAACAACUACCCCUAUAUGCACCAGUACAUGACCAAAUUCAACCAGAGGGGAGUAGAGGACGCCUUGGUCAGCUUGAAAACAGGGAAGUUGGAUGCUUUCAUCUAUGAUGCAGCCGUCUUGAAUUACAAGGCUGGGAGGGAUGAAGGCUGUAAACUGGUGACCAUUGGGAGUGGGUACAUCUUUGCCACCACGGGCUACGGAAUUGCCCUCCAGAAGGGCUCACCCUGGAAGAGGCAGAUUGACCUGGCUCUGCUGCAGUUUGUUGGUGAUGGUGAGAUGGAGGAACUGGAGACACUGUGGCUUACAGGCAUCUGCCACAACGAGAAGAAUGAGGUGAUGAGCAGCCAGCUGGACAUUGAUAACAUGGCGGGUGUGUUCUACAUGUUGGCUGCGGCUAUGGCCCUCAGCCUCAUCACCUUCAUCUGGGAGCACCUCUUCUACUGGAAGCUGCGCUUCUGCUUCACGGGCGUGUGCUCUGACCGACCCGGACUACUCUUCUCUAUCAGCAGGGGCAUCUACAGUUGUAUCCAUGGUGUGCACAUUGAAGAAAAGAAGAAGUCUCCAGAUUUCAAUCUGACUGGGUCACAGAGCAACAUGCUAAAGCUUCUUAGGUCUGCCAAGAACAUCUCCAACAUGUCCAACAUGAACUCUUCGAGAAUUGACUCACCUAAAAGAACUUCUGACUUCAUCCAAAGAGGGUCCCUUAUUGUGGACAUGGUUUCAGACAAGGGGAAUUUAAUAUACUCAGACAAUAGGUCCUUUCAGGGGAAAGACAGUAUAUUUGGGGACAACAUGAAUGAACUCCAAACAUUUGUGGCCAACAGGCACAAAGACAACCUUAGUAACUAUGUAUUCCAAGGACAGCAUCCUCUCACUCUCAACGAGUCCAACCCUAACACCGUGGAGGUGGCUGUCAGCACUGAAUCCAAAGGGAACUCCCGACCACGGCAGCUUUGGAAGAAGUCCAUGGAGUCUCUACGCCAGGAUUCUCUGAACCAGAAUCCAGUCUCACAGAGGGAUGAAAAGAUUGUGGAGAAUAGGACCCACUCCCUAAAGAGUCCUAGGUAUCUUCCAGAAGAGGUAGCCCACUCUGACAUUUCAGAAACUUCCAGCCGGGCCACAUGCCACAGGGAACCAGAUAACAAUAAGAACCAUAAGACCAAGGAUAACUUCAAAAGGUCAAUGGCCUCCAAAUACCCCAAGGACUGUAGCGAGGUUGAGCGUACCUACAUGAAAACCAAAGCAAGCUCUCCCAGGGAUAAGAUAUACACCAUUGAUGGUGAGAAGGAACCCAGUUUCCACUUAGAUCCUCCACAGUUUGUUGAGAACAUUUCCCUCCCUGAGAAUGUGGGCUUCUCAGAUACCUACCAAGACCACAAUGAGAACUUCCGCAAGGGAGACUCUACACUGCCCAUGAGCAGGAACCCACUACACAAUGAAGAUGGGCUUCCCAACAAUGACCAGUAUAAACUCUAUGCUAAGCACUUUACCUUGAAAGACAAGGGUUCCCCACACAGUGAGGGCAGUGAUCGAUACAGGCAGAACUCCACACACUGCAGAAGCUGCCUUUCGAACCUGCCUACCUACUCAGGCCACUUUACUAUGAGGUCUCCCUUUAAGUGUGAUGCCUGCCUGCGGAUGGGGAACCUCUAUGACAUUGAUGAAGACCAGAUGCUCCAGGAGACAGGGAAUCCAGCUACUCAGGAGGAGGCCUACCAGCAGGACUGGUCCCAGAAUAACGCCCUCCAGUUCCAGAAGAACAAGCUAAGGAUUAACCGGCAGCACUCCUAUGAUAAUAUUCUUGACAAGCCCAGGGAGAUAGACCUUAGCAAGCCCUCCCGGAGCAUAAGCCUCAAGGACAGAGAACGGCUUCUAGAGGGUAACUUAUACGGGAGCCUGUUCAGUGUCCCCUCAAGCAAACUCUUAGGGAAUAAGAACUCCCUUUUCCCCCAAGGUCUGGAGGACAGCAAGAGAAGCAAGUCUCUCUUGCCAGACCACACCUCUGAUAAUCCAUUCCUUCACACGUAUGGGGAUGACCAACGCUUAGUUAUUGGGAGAUGUCCUUCGGACCCCUACAAACACUCAUUGCCAUCUCAGGCAGUAAAUGACGGCUAUCUUCGGUCAUCCUUGAGGUCAACAGCAUCAUAUUGCUCCAGGGACAGUCGGGGCCACAGUGAUGUGUACAUUUCAGAGCAUGUUAUGCCUUAUGCUGCAAAUAAGAAUAACAUGUACUCUACCCCCAGGGUUUUAAAUUCCUGCAGCAAUAGACGCGUGUACAAGAAAAUGCCUAGUAUCGAAUCUGAUGUCUAA